GUAUUAUAUGUUGUGUGUAGUUGGACGGAUGUUAAAACCAGAUUGCGGGGCCACUCGAACGCACAGUCCGAUUUCAACAGUUGUCAGGGAACGACGACUUCGACGUAGACGUAGACUACGAACCACUCCGAGGCCUCCUUUCGUUCCGUAUUCUUAACACCGCUCGAUUUUGUGUGCAAUCCAAAGUGGCAUCAGUGAUCCUGACUUUUUCCGUGUUUUUUUUUCUCCCUUAACGAGUGUAUGCUUCUGGUUGCUUUGUAGAAAAGGAAAAAAAUCGGUGCAAUUUUCUGAGCAAAGAUAACUUGAAGAAUCAAGACUACUGAGCGGGAAAGAAGAGCGAUCGGUGCGCAGAAGGAUCGAAAAGAAUCGCAGCGAGCUAGUGAAAGGUGCUUAGUGAACAGUCCCUGGUGGUGUUCUAAAGGAAGCAAGUGUGCAUUACUUUCAGUGGAUUGUGCCGAGUGAAGUAUUGACCUACUGAGUACUAUUUGCCCCGCAGCAGCUCAACUCCCAGCUGAACGAAGAGAUUGAGAGACAGUGUGGAAGCGUUGCGCAGAGCAGAAGUUCAAGUUCAAGUUCGGAACGGGUGAUCGAGUCCAGUGGAGAAGGCGAAAAUGAAGUUGAUUUUAGUGACGUGUAUUCUAUCGACGCUGGUGCUAAGCAUACAAUGUCGCCCCCAGGCAGUGCAAACGGUCGAACAUCGUACUACGGCGGACGUGCUGAAGUUGCCCUUCUACGGCGGAGCACGUGGUCAGAUCCUGGAGAUUCGCAAAAAUUCCGAUGGAACCGUGGUGAGCAAGAUCCUGCGCGGUGAAGACGAUGAAGAUAUGGAACUUAAGGUGCACCAGAUCGUGGAUGACCUGAAGAAUAACGAGGAAAUCCUGGCCGAGGACGAUGAGAUCAAGGCCGCUGAUCAGUCCUUCGGAGACUAUCUGCUGAACAUCCAGAAGGCCGCUGCCUCGUUGGUGACCCUGCAGGAACAGGUCAAAAAAACUGGCAAGCUGUCAACCGAUCAGAAGCGUAUUUACGCCGAUAACCUCGAACGAUUGGGCGUGGCGGCACAGAAGCUGGCGCACAUCCAACAGCAGGACGGUGAUCAGGAUGCGAUCAAAUUCCUGUUCAACUCCGAGUACGACCAAACGGUUGCCGAUGCGCAGAAGAAGAAGACCACCUACAAGAUUACGUCGUUCCCCGGCUACAAGGGCAAGGAGGAAGAGGAGAAGCUGAAGAAGCAGGAGAAGAAGAAGGAAGAGGAGGAAAAUGUCGGCGAAGAGGAGAGCGCUCAAGGAAACGACAGCGUGCAGGUCAACUCGCCCGAGCAGGAAGCCUCGAUCGCGGAAGCGAAACCAGUCGGUCUCGCCAUCGCCGGUGAAGGAGGAGUUGCUUCGUCCAAACCCAUUGCCACCGCAGUCGUCGGAGAUGGAGGUCUUGCCGUAGCCCGUCCCGUUGCCACCGCCAUUGCCGGAAUCAAGCCUAGCGAAAUCGGAUCUCUGGGUCUGCCAAUUUCCGUCAACAAGAAGCUUGUCACCAAGGGAAAAUACGGUCUAGUCGCAGCCGAUCAGGAUCUCCCAGCUGGCCUUCUCGUUGGACCGGGAUUCCAGGAAGCUCGCGUUUCGCAGAACGAAAUUGAAGCAGAGAUCGAUGACGCUCGCCAACAAGUGCUUGGACAAUCCGGAACUUUGGCUCCCCACUUCGACACCGAAAAAUUCCUUGCCAGUCUGAGACUUAAGGCCAAGCAGCAACAACAACAAGCCGAACAACUCCGUGAACAACACCAACAACAGCAGCAGCAGCCAUUCGCCUCUCCAACCAUCGCUUUCCAGCCGCAGCAGUCGUUCAUCCCUCAAUCUUAUCCAUUCGCCACUGCUUCUGAUUAUAUGAACACCGCUCAGUAUCCUUACUACACCCCGAGCUACACCCCCUACUACUACAACCCUUAUGCUGCCUAUCAGAACCCAUUGGCCCUUCUCGCCUACCAGUAUCAGCAGCAGCAGCAGCUGGCAUUUCAGUCCCAAUACAAUCCCUACCUGGUCGGCGCCAAUCCCCUUCAGCAUUCCUUUCAGCAGUAUGAGUAUCCACAGAGAACCUACUAUUCCGCUGCCAUCACCGCUCCAUCGACCGCCGCUACUCCGGCCGCUGCCUACCCAAGCUAUUACAAUUAUCCAUCCUUCUCAACCCCGUCGCCAUACAGAUUUUUCUACUAUUAAUCUGCUGAUCGCCGGCCCCAACGGCGGCAGUGAUCCCUUCGUUCUAAGUAUCAGCUCAAAUGGGAAGUAAAACAAACAAGACUUGAAACUCGUUCCAGCAAUCUCCGGAGGGGCAUCACUCGGUCUGGGCAUCUCAGAAACCGAAAAAAAAAAUCGAAUAUACGUUUAGCGAGUGAAAAAGACAUUCGGAGGAUUAAUUUUGUAGAUCGUCUCGUCUCGGGCGGAUUCAGGGCUACUCGUCCCGGGAACGGGUGCUUCUUCCAUAACUUCAGUUUCCCGGAGAUGGUGAAGAUCUACGAGACCCCGAGUGCAAACGGUUUCGUGCGAUGCCAUUCAAAAACCACAUAAUCAAAUAGCGGUGAACCCCUCGGCGAGUGGAACUCAAAUCGAUACAAAUAGGUUAAGAUUACUUUCCCAUGUUGCAAGUAAAGUGAACAAAUUCUAGAAGUGAUAGGAAGGAGCGAAAGAAAGCGUAACAACAAGUCGUGAGCUGUGCAACACAACACUUAAAAUACAAAAAUAGCGUUCUAGUUGGUAAGGUCGAAAUAAAACAAGUAAACAUUAGUGAAAUAAACGAAUAAAUUAGU